AUGAGGAUUCUGAUAUCUUCUAGAUCUUUCUUGAUUCCAAACUUAGCUGUUAAUGAGGAUUCUGAUAUCUUGAAUGUGAUAAAGGAUAGUGAGAAUUUUAAAGAAUCCGAGAAGCCUAUUGAUUUAGAAAAUUCUAAUCAGAAAACUUCUUCAAUUACUACCAAAAGCUGGAUAAGUUUGUUUUCAGACAACAGGAAAAUGGGAAAUGAUUUGGAAUUGAAUUAUGUCCCCUCAGAGUCUAAGGAUUCUGUUAUAUUUGAUGAUGAUGAAUGGAAUGAGGGUGCCAAAAUCUGGCAAUUUUCUUUGAUUGGGCAAGUCUUAGGUAUGAAUAUCAGAUUUAAGGCUAUGGAGAGCUUUAUUAAGAAAGUUUGGAAGCAUUCUCCUGAAAUCUGUUUGCUAAGGGCUGGGAUUUUUCUAUUCAAGUUCAAGAGCAAGAAUGAUAUGAAUGAUGUAAUAAGCAAUGGUCCAUGGUUUUUUGGAUCAAGACCCUUGCUCUUGAAACCAUGGGCAGUGAAUGAGGAAAUCUAUAAAUCUGAUGAUUGCAUCUACCCCUUAUGGAUCCAAUUACCUGAGCUGAAAUUAAACUUAUGGAAUUCUAAAUGCAUCAGCAAAAUUGCAAGCAUCAUAGGAAAGCCUGUUGCCACUGAUAAAUUGACUGCUACUAAGCAAAGAUUGACCUAUGCUAGAGUUCUUGUGGAGGUUAAAAUGCCAACAGUCCUUCCAGACCAGAUAACUGUUCAGGGUCCUAAUGGAAAAUCUUAUAAUCAGAAGAUUCACUAUGAAUUCAAACCUAGAUGGUGUGAUUUGUGCAAAGUUGUAAGACAUGAUGCAAACUAUUGCAAAAAAAUAUCUAGAGUACAAAAAUGGAUCCCUAAACAAAAAGUAUUUCCUGGUGACAUUGGAAAUUCAGCUGGUGGUAAUACCAAUGGUGGAUCUGUUGGAAUGGUACAAGUUCCUUAG